CAGAGCAAGACGGCGUGCUCAAACGUUCUCCUCGUCACGCGCAGACCAGCCCGCCACGGCGCCACGGCGUCACAUCAGACAUCACAUGGUGAUGGAAUGAUGGAUGCCUCCCCCAAAUCAGACGCCCGGCCGAUUAGUCCAAACUCCGCGUAUGUCGUCUUCCCCUUCGCUUCGCAUGACUGACCCUCCCACUAUUUCAUUUCAUCUCCCGAACCAAGAAACCGGCCACCAGAGCGAACCCCAAGAAACGACCUUGAUUAGCCAAAGACAGAGCAGCGGCGCAAGCGAUCCAGGCGAUGCAGCCAGCCGCCAUGAACAGCUUGUUCUCGAGCUCAUGGAAGCGCGGCGUCGGAGACGGCGGGGAUAUCGAGUCCGGCGGCGUGGAGAUGUCUGCGCUGCUGCCGGGUGCCGCGGCGGGGGCGAGCCUCGACAGGCUCUUCGAGGACGUGGAGUCCAUCAAGGACGAGCUCCGCGACCUGGAGCGCAUCCAGCGGUCGCUCCACGACGCCAACGAGGGAGGCAAGUCGCUGCACGCCGCGGCGGCCGUGCGCAACCUCCGCACGCGCAUGGACGCGGACGUCGCCGCGGCGAUCGAGAAGGCCAAGGUGGUGAAGCACCGGCUCGAGUCGCUGCAGGUGGCUAGGAAACACCACACGAGCACCCGCAAGUGGAUCUGCAUCGCCAUCCUCAUCCUCCUCCUCGUCAUCCUCGUCAUCGUCCUGCCCAUCGUGAGCUAGAACUAGCGUGCGCCGCCUGGCCUGCCAGCGUUCAUGACGAUCAGGUCGCCGUCCUGUGGAUACACAUACAAUAUUCGUUUCUAGCUAUUCACAAUAAUAGUUUCACGGUAAUUUCAUACACAUAAUAAUGCACCACAUCUAAUUUUUUAUGACAUGUUAUAGUAUUUAAAAGGAUUGUGUUUCAUGUGAGAAAUUAGUUUUAUGGGGAUGAAACCAUGUUAAAUCGUUUUCAAUGUCUUGAAAACCGUGUGAAACCUCAUGUCACGAAAAAUGAUCCCGGUCCCAGUACCCGUCGUUCGUAGAGCACGCUGAGGAAAGAGUCCCUGGUCGCUGGCGUCCGUCAGUCAGUUGGAAGAGAUAGAUACAUCUACCCGAAAAGAACCCGUUCCGAUCAAACCCCACGACACCGAGUUCGGGGUCGAGCAUAGCGGAACCUGACAGGGGGGCGGACGUGUCACAAGAGAACCACUCAAGUGGAUCCCGCGUUCGGCCCCAGAUUGACCAGUCGUAAAUACUCGGUCGCAAUAACCGUGUCGGGCACCGAACCAAAGCGCGGGUGCCGGUCCGUUUCCCACUCAUGACUUAUAAAUCCACUCAGGCUACAUAUCAAUUAUGAUCUAUGAUCCCUCGGAAUGCGGCACAUUUAUGCUCCGCACGCCCCUCCGCCUACGGUGCACUCAUGACCUAUUAGACUAGGCCUGAGUGCGCUGACAUGAACAGCUUGUUCUCGAGCUCGUGGAAGCGCGGCGUCGGAGACGGCGGGGAGCAGGGGACAUCGAGUCCGGCGGCGUGGAGAUGUCUGCGCCGCCGGGUGCCCGAGCGGGGCCGAGCCUCGACAGGUUCGGACGUGGAUGUCACGAGGACUGGCCCAGGUACGCUGACAGUGGAGUCCAUCAAGGAAGAGCUCCGCGACCUGGAGCGCAUCCAGCGGUCGCUCCACGACGCCAACGUGGGCGGCAAGUCGCUGCACGACGCGGCGGCCGUGCGCGGGCUCCGCGCGCGGAUGGACGCGGACGUGGGCACGACGAUCAAGAAGGCCAAGGUGGUGAAGCUCCGGCUCGAGUCGCUGGACCGCGCCAACGCUGCCAACCGGUCCGUGCCCGGGUGCGGUCAUGGGUCGUCCACGGACCGCACCCGGACGUCCGUCGUGGCCGGGCUGCGCAAGAAGCUCCGGGACUCGAUGGAGUCCUUCUCGUCGCUACGGUCCCGGUCGUGUACGAGUACCGGGACACGCUGGCGCGGCGCUACUUCACGGUGACGGGGUCGCAGCACGACGAGACGAUGGCUGGACGCGCUGGCGGGGUCCGGGGAGGGGGAGCGGUUCCUGCGGCGCGCCAUCGCGGCGGAGCAGGGGCGCGGGGAGGUCUUGGGCGUGUGGUCGCGGAGAUCCAGGAGCGGCACGGCGCCGUGGCGGAGCUGGAGCGCGGCCUGCUGGAGCUGCAGCAGGUGUUCAACGACAUGGCCGUGCUGGUGGCCGCGCAGGGGGAGCAGCUGGACGACAUCGAGGGCAACGUCGGUCCCGCCCGCUCCUUCGUCGACCGCGGACGCGAGCAGCUGCAGGUGGCCCGGAAGCACCAGAAGAGCACCCGCAAGUGGACCUGCAUCGUCAUCCUCUUCGCCAUCGUCCUGCCCAUCGUGCUCAAGAACGUCAACAGUAACAAGAACUAGCGCGCGCCGCCUGGCCUGCCUGCCUGCGUUCAUGGUGAUCAUCAGCUAGGUCAUGAGAAAACGGUUAUUGUUUUGUACUCGGUUAGGUCAUGGUGAACAUACACCGGGAGAGAUGGUUAUUGUUUUGUCUUCCCACAGAUUUGUACUCGGUUAGUUGACCCCAUUGACAUGAGACACAUGGAUCGGA